AUGUCCGAUAAAGGAUCCGUAUUUGCAAAAUGCGCGAAGGAAUUCCUGUAAGACCAACAUUGCAGCGGUCUCAGAGAGCAAGACGGGUAUGCAUUCGUUCGUCGAACUAUGAUGGGAUACCAAAUUCCGAGUGCAUGUGCGACGAAUUUAAACAUGAGUACGGCCGCACUUGCAUAUCGACUAGUGGCAGGAGCAUAA